AUGGAGGAUUGCAAAAAUGCUUGUUUGAGAAAUUAUUCUUGCAAAGCAGCUUUAUUCGUGGAUACAUCAUACUAUUAUCCAGAAACGAGAGGUUGCAUGUUACUGUCUGAAGUUUUUUCUCUUAUAGACGAUGAGGGAGGAUCCCACAACACCUCUAUAUUUCUUAAAGUGACGAAUGCUCGAUCCAAACGGCACUACCCAUUGCCGCCAAUAGAUUUUCCUCGAAAGAAAUCAACAAGUGGCAAAAUCAUCCUGGGAUCUAGUCUUGGAGCUUUGUUUGGCGUAUGUCUUUUGGUUGUAUCUUGCAUUUUCGUUUUUAAAAUGAAAAGAGAACCAGAGGAACCUGAUGAGUUCUCUAUUGAUAAGGUACCGGGGAUGCCUACCCGAUUCUCAUACAAUGAUUUGAAAACCGCAACAAAUGAUUUUAGAAAUAAGCUCGGGGAAGGAGGAUUUGGGUCAGUCUUUCAAGGGACGUUGAGUGAUGGCAUUGAAGUAGCUGUGAAGCGUCUCGCAGGUUUAAGUCAAAUCAAGAAGUCAUUCUUAGCUGAAGUUCAAACAAUAGGCAGCAUCCACCAUGUCAAUUUGGUGAGAUUGAUCGGAUUUUGUGCUGAAAACUCUAAUAGGCUUCUAGUCUACGAGUACAUGUCCAAUGGGUCCUUGGAUAGAUGGAUAUUCAAAAGACAUCAAGAGCUCACUCUUGGAUGGGAAUCCAGAAGGAAGAUCAUCGCGGAUAUAGCCAAGGGACUAGCCUAUCUCCAUGAGGAAUGCCGACAAAAAAUAUAUCAUUUGGAUGUCAAACCCCAAAACAUCCUCUUAGAUGAAAACUUUGAGGCAAAAGUUUCUGAUUUUGGAUUGGCAAAAUUAAUUGAUAAGGACCAAAGCCGAAUUGUAGCGACGUUGGGGGGAACCCCAGGCUACAUGGCUCCUGAAUGGUUGAGCUCAAUUAUCACAGAGAAAGUAGAUGUCUAUAGCUUUGGGGUCGUGGUCUUAGAGAUCUUGUGCGGACGGAAAAGUUUGGAUAGGUCUCAGCCAGAGGAAGAGAUGCAUUUAUUAGGUUUGUUUGAAAAGAAAGGGGAAGAGGGACAACUUUUGGAUAUGGUUGAUAAACACAAUGCUGAUAUGCAAUUACACGGACCAGAAGUGGUGGAGAUGAUGAAGCUUGCUAUGUGGUGUCUACAAAGCGAUUACCAGAGGCGGCCUUCAAUGACACUGGCGAUUCAGGUCUUGGAGGGCUUCGUUAGUGUUCAAGACAAUUUGGACUUUAACUUCAUAAAUGCUCCGGCAAGAAGAACAAUUGCAACUACGGGUGAUGAUAGGGAUGCAGUUCAUGAUGGCACUACGUUAUUUGCAUCGGACCUAUCAGGGCCAAGGUGAUGGCAAGUUUCUUAAAAAGCAAAAAGACAUUCGUUUGAGUGUAACUGUAAAUGACAUCGACAAAAUAAUUGGUCGUUUCGGAAGUUUCUUUCAAGUUGUAGUCUCGUGUUGAAAACAUGUUAUCCAUUAACUUUGUUGGUAUCCUCGGUUGUUUUCCCACUCUUAGGUGAACGAGUUCAAAAAUACUUGGACUUGGUCAUUAUUUGAUGCAGAUAUUUAGCAACCCAAUGAUUCGAUUUGGAGACCUAUUGUUUCUGCCACUCUUUGGUGGAUUUGAUAUUAGCUAACAUAAAGUGUCUGCUAUGCUUCGCAACUAACGUCGAGAGCAUAAUGAAGAAAGUUUAUAUUCAUGAAACCAUGAAAGAAUCAUGGGCUAAAGGAAAUCCAAGUUAACUUGGAACUUUAUAUAUCAUUUGCUGUGCAAGAAUAGCAAUUGGCUUAUGUGUGUAUCUUUUUAACCAUACUCUGUGUAUGUUUUCAUAUGGCUGGGGUGAUCCUUCUAAAGAAUAUAUUGCGUAGAUCUAUUUGAAGUCGUUCUCUUAUAGACAAUUAGAUCCGGUGCUAUGGUUUUUGUUGAAGUGCAGGAAUCUCCAACUCCACCGGCACCUCUAAAGAAAAAAAGGCAUGCCCGCUUCAGUAGUGUCAUACUUUGAAUAAACACACAAGUCGUCUCACUAAUUUGGUCCGUCUUCAAAAUGCCCAACAGAUUUUGUUACACUAGUUUUCACUAGCUCAACGCGGCUCUACAUAUGAGGUUGUUAUAAUCUACCCGAUGGCCAUCAAUGUAAAUCAUAGGCAUAGAUGGGGAUGAAUAGGAAGUAACUCGAGAAACUUGCCUUGCUUCUCUUGUGUCGAAUAGAAUCCAAGCUGAAUUUGCAUCAACAGACUCAACUAUGACUUUUCUACCGGCACAGUUUUUAUAUUUGCCUUAGUUCGGGAUCCUCUCCUGAUAUCUACUGCUUCUAGGGACCGUUGCAUCUUUUGCACGAGCUUUCCAUGCCCAUUUCUGUUGACAGUAAGUUUUGGGUAAACAAAAGUUCUCAUUACAUAAAUCAAGCAAUGUGGAACCACACCAUGAAUCUAAACGCAACCUUGCAGCUCACUCGAGAGGGAGACUUAGUAUUGGCAGACGCCAAGUGGAAAGUCUGUCUCUGGCCUAAACUUGACUCUAAAGACAGAAACCUCGUGCUCUUUGAUGAGAGCAAUGCAACGGUUUGGCAAUCUUUUGAUCACCCAACCGACUCCUUACUUGUUGGGCAGACUUUGGUUCUUGCCCAAAAGCUCAUCGCCAACAUAUCUCCAUCAAACCAGAGUCGAGGUUUAUAUUCACUACUUUUUACUCGUAAUUCUUUGUGUGUUUACGCUGAAACUAACAUGCCCACAUCCUAUUUC